AGAAUAUAUAAUUUAGUGUCUAAUUUGUGUUAUUUGCCUGCCUUGGAUUUCUUAGGAUUUAGUUUUGAUAAUAGGUUUAAUCUGUACAGUGAUUAAUUGUAAUCAUUCAUUUAGUGUUUUUCCAAUAAUUGAUUUGUUCAUUUAAUGAUAAAUUAAUUAACGAGUGAUUUAAAAUGACUUGAAAUAUUAAUAAUGAACAGUGACCGUUUAAGGAGGAAGUUUAUAACAUGACAGAAACUGAAGUCGAAGGAAGUACCUGGUGUUACUGGGUUCUCUCUGUUGGAACGCUAUUUACAUUUCUUGGGCUUGUUGUAGCUUGCAUUUGCAGUUGUCGAAGAAAUCAAACUAAGAAUGAUUUACCUGGGUUAUGUGGGAUGGUAACGAUUAAUCAUUCCGAUAAUGAUAAUUUCAAUACGUUACCAUCUAUAGAAGUUAGUCAAGUCCCACCAUUACAGGAUACGAUAGAUAAUGGCAAAAGAACAAGCGGAGCUAAUAGAAGCUUACCAGAUAUACCAAAAGAUAAAAAUAGAGGAGAAGUUAAUACAGAAUCUAUACCUCAAGAUAUUUAUGAAACUAGCGAAGUAAAUUCUGAACUGUAUGCUACAGUACAGGAUACAGAAGAGCAACAGUCUGAACGAGAAACACAAGGUCUUUCUCAACAAGUUUCAAUAGUUCAAGAUAACUCAACAUUUCAACUUUCAAGAUUCACACCAUCUACAUCCAAAAAUGAUGAACAUCCAUAUGCUCAACUUCAAAGUAUACCAAAAUCUGAAAUUGAUCAAUCGCAUAGGAAAAACAGUACUCAAGCGAUUAUUGUUGAUAAACCAUCAACAUCAUCAAAUCAUGCAAAUGGAAAUCCAGUAGCACCUCCUAGAACUCGAAAAUCGUCGUCUUUUAAUUCACUCCUGAGCGCUGAGAAUCCUAAUGAUAUACAAGCUGCAAAUGCUAUUUCUGGAGGUGUGCAAGCUAAUCAAGAUUUACCUUAUAUGACACCACCUCUUGCCAUGUUACAUCUUCAUCCACCACAACCACCACAACCUAGUACAUCACAACAUUUUAGCGGUGAUUCUCAGGAUUCUAAAGGAUAUACUAGUAUAAGUGUGCGAGAACCCUUAGCUAAUAUAUUAGCACAAACGAAAGCAUCUUAUCAACAACACCAACCAACACGUUUGCCCAUUGAUCCUCAUUACGCAACUGUAUCUGAUGAUUCAGAUGAAAUGUAUGCUGCUAUUGACGAACAAGAAAAAAUUUACACUAGUGGCAGUGAAACAUAUGCUCAAAUCCAGCCAACAAUAUUGGAAACAAGUAGAAUUAUACAUAGCGAUCUAAAUCCAUUUAUUCAACCAUCAUCAUCACGUACAGAGGAGACACAUACUGCUCCACAACCACCAAGCGUUGAUAGUUUACGUCAUGUUGCUCAUGCUCAUUCGAGACAGGCAUCAUCAUCAAGUGCCAAUAGUUCUAUCAUAAACCCAGGUUCUCCAAAGCCAGAGAAACGUCAAGCAAAUUCACCAUUACCUCCUCCACCAGAAGCAAUUUCAGAUGCAUAUGCUGCUGUUGAUAAAAGAGCGAAAAAUGAUGAACGCAUAAGACCUAAUUUAGCAACUGGAAAAUCUCUAGAGGAUAUGUAUGCUAAAGUCAUGAAAAAGAAAAGAGAUGCAGAAGAGCAAAGUGACGUUCCUGGAUCUUCUAAUAUUUUACAUUCAGAAAUAAUACCUUCAAAUAGAAAACUUAGUCUCAUAGAAAUUAGCAGAGCUUCGUGGUCUAGUCAUGAUUCAGUAGAAAUACAGAAAGAAGAACACGACACUGUUCAUUACACAAUACCAGCCAAUACUGUUACUAAUAUUCACCCUGAAAUAGAAAAUAAUUGUUUAAAGUUAUCUCGAAUUCCUGAUGGAGAUACAAAUUUAUUAAAUCAAGAAAUUAAUUAUGGUUAUGAAUCUGUGAAUACGAAAAGGAAUUUAGUUGCACGAAGUUUUCCUGCUUGUGAUUCUAAUUAUAAAAUACCACAUCUUCAAUCUUUAAGAAAUAACGAUUAUCAAAGUACAUCAACAUCAGUUCGCGAUGGUUCUGAUAUAUUAUUGACAUAUCCUACAUCUUUUAAGCACAGACAAAUUAGUAAUGCAAGUAGUGAAGAUCCAGGGUACGAAAAAGUUAGAUUACGAAGAAGAGUUGAUUUAGAUCAGGAUACAGAUUCCGAGCCAAACUAUGAGAGUAUGCCUCAUGAUUCAGGAGAACCAAAUUAUGCAUCAGUAUGCCGUCCUGGUGAUAGUGAUACAGAUCCGAAUUAUGAAUCUGUAAGUCAUGGGGAUCCAAAUUAUGAAAGUGUAAGAUACAUGAGUGUUACUGCUUCGGAAGAACCACCAUACGAACAAGUAAGUAAUUAUAAAUCUGAAACAAAUAUUGACGGAUAUGAAAAGAUAAAAGAUAAUAAUAGUAUAUUUAACUCAGACUACGAAAAGAUAAAUCCAAGCAAUGCCUUGGAACAAUGCAGUAAUGGAGAUACAGACGAUGAACAAUAUGUUCAGCAUGAAGCUUUCGCAGGUGAAGUUACUUGAGUAAACUUUUUAUUUUUAUGAAAUACAUUUUAUCCAUCUCGGCUUCGAUAAAGCUAUGAACAGCCAAUUUAGUACUAUUUGUAUUUUAGUAUGAAUCCAAUUUCCGCUGAUGUUUAAAUGUGUUAAGAAAAUGUUACAAAAUAAUGAGGGUAAGACUGAUAGAGACAAACAGUGAGAGUAAUGUACAAGUAAAAUCUGACUUAAUGUUAUGUUUAAUUAUCUUAAUUGGUAGCAUGUUUCAAUGGUAAGAUAAAAAAACUAUAAAGUUACCAAUAAUAAAAAGCCAUUUAUGUGACCGCAUAAAUAAUUGUCUGGCGACAUAUUAUAUAUGGAGGAACGUGCUGUUGAUUAAAUAAACAUUGUUGAGAAAUUUUCAAAUGAAAAUUAGCAGAUGUCGCAUAAAUAUUAUUAAAUGACAAAAUUAUUAUUUCUUCUGUGAAUGGUGCAUGCUGUGCCUUGUUGUAUUGACUACUCUCUAUACAAAAAAUAUAUAUAUAUAGUUAUAUAUAUAUUUAUUUUUAUUUACAUGUCACAAGCAACCAGGUCACAAAAAUGUAUCCUAUUCUUUAGUUUAAUUAAUGAAAUAGUACUCUCAUAGCUUCAUAUAAUAAUUUACUGCCGCGAGUUGUAAAUAUUAAUUU